AUGUCCGAGUUUUUACUAAUCGCCUUCUUCGCCGUAUUCUCGGGAUUAUUUCCGUGCGUCGAGCCCUCGACCGUCUCGGACGGGGAGAAAGAGGGCAUCUUGUGCGAUGUAGGCGAGUUUCACUGUCACGACCAGCAGACCUGCGUCCCCGAGGCCUGGCUGUGUGACGGCGAGCCCGACUGCCCCGACGCCUCCGAUGAAACUGACCAAACAUGUACACGGGAGGUGGUGAUCAGAUGUCCCCUCAAUCACAUACAAUGUGUUGGGACAAAAAAAUGUAUUCACUUCAACAAACUCUGCAAUGGAGCCAGAGACUGUGAGGAUGGUUACGACGAAGGAGUGCACUGUCGAGAGCUCUUGUCAGCCUGCCAUGAGCUCCGCUGCCGCUACGGCUGCGUCAUGACGAGGAACGGCACCUUCUGUUUCUGCGCUGACGGCUUUGAGGUCGGCGAGGAUGGGACGAGCUGCAGAGAUCAUGAUGAAUGUGCCGUAUAUGGCGUGUGCAGCCAAACCUGCAUGAACACCUACGGGUCAUACAGAUGCAGCUGCACAGAAGGAUACAUCCUGCAGCCUGACAGGACGUCCUGCAAAGCCAAACAAGACCCAGGCGACAUGCCGCCGAUUCUUCUCAUUGGUGGUUCGGAUCGUAUUGUCACCACCCAGCUGAAUGGAUCAGGCCUGCAGCCCCUCAGGGCUCUGGAUACAAACGGGACUCUGGCGCUGGAUUUUCAGCACAACCAGGAGACAGCAUGCUGGCUUCUGUCUACUGAGUCCUCAGGGCAACUCCGCUGUGCUAAGAUGAGAAAUCUGCGUGGAUUCACACAGGAACACGAAAUCAAAACACUGCAAAGUUUGCAAAAUGUCGAGCAUAUGGCCAUCGACUGGCUGACAGGUAACUUCUAUUUUGUGGACCGGGUCAGCGACAAGAUAUUUGUGUGUGACCGUAGCGGGGACACUUGUGUUACUAUCCUACAUCUAGACCUGGUGAAUCCUAAAGGAAUAGCUGUGGAUCCUCUCAUGGGGAUGCUGUUCUUCACCGACUAUGGGAACGUAGCCAAGGUGGAGCGCUGCAACAUGGACGGCACUAACCGGACGCGGCUGGUGGAUUCUAAGACUGAGCAGCCCACCGCAGUGACUCUGGACCUGGUCAAGAAGCUGGUAUACUGGGCGGACGCCUACCUGGAUUACAUUGAUGUGGUGGAUUAUCACGGCAAGAACAGGCACACCGUCAUCCAGGGGAGUCAAGUGUCAUAUAUUUAUGGGUUAGUUUUGUUUGAGGACUACUUGUAUGCCACGCACUCUGACCCUUCCAAAGGGACCACUGCUGUGGAGCUGCUCAAGAUCCAUAGGUUUAACAUCACUGCUGAGCCCAGGACGCUAGCCAGCCUCAGGCGUUCCAAAAGAAUCCGGGUUUACCACAAACUCGCUCAGCCAAUGGUCAGGAGUCAUGCGUGCGAGGUGGAUGCAUAUGGGAAACCGGGUGGAUGUUCCCAUAUCUGCCUACUGAGCGGCAGCUACAAGUCCAGAACUUGCCGCUGCCGCACUGGCUACAGCCUGGGCUCUGAUGGACAGUCCUGCAAAAAGCCCAAAAACGAUCUCUUCCUGUUCUAUGGGAAGGGGCGUCCGGGUGUAAUCCGAGGCUUGGACAUGAACGUCAAGUCCAGCAACGAGCACAUGGUGCCAAUCGAAGACCUGGUCAACCCUCGAGCGAUUGACUACCACGCAGAAUCGGGCUACAUCUACUUUGCAGACACCACCAGUUUCCUCAUUGGGCGGCAAAAAAUAGAUGGAAGCAGCCGAGAGACGAUACUCAAAGAUGACCUUGACAAUGUUGAGGGGAUCUCAGUGGACUGGAUCGGAAACAACUUGUAUUGGACCAACGAUGGCUACAGGAAGACAAUCAGCGUUGCCAGGUUGGAGAGAGCCUCCCAGACCAGGAGGACUCUGCUGGAGGGGGACAUGUCGCACCCCCGAGCCAUCGUGGUCGACCCCCAUAACAGCUGGAUGUACUGGACAGACUGGGAAGAGGACGAGGUGAACGAUAGUAUAGGGAGGAUAGAGAAAGCCUGGAUGGACGGAUCCAACCGGCGAAUCUUUGUCACCUCCAACAUGCUGUGGCCCAACGGCCUGACACUGGACCUUGGCACCAGCACCAUGUACUGGUGUGACGCCUAUUACGAUCACAUUGAGAAGAUUCACCUCAACGGGACAGGAAGAAUGGUUGUGUACAACGGCAAGGAGCUGAACCACCCAUUUGGGAUUUCUCACUACCGUAAUUCCAUCUUUUGGACGGAGUACAUGAACGCCUCGGUCUUCCAGUUGGACUUGUCCUCUGGUGAUGUCACUCUGCUACGAAGUGAGCGGCCGCCGCUCUUCGGCCUGCGUGUCUAUGAUGCCCAGAGUCAGCAAGGUGACAACGCAUGCAGAGUGAAUUAUGGGGGCUGUGGUACCCUCUGCCUCGCCAUCCCAGGAGGCAGAGUGUGUGCCUGCGCUGACAACCAGGUUCUGGAGAAGAACAAUGUCACCUGUGCAGAAGUCUCCACUGGAGGUUUGGAGCCACAGCGAUGUAAAAGUGAUGAGUUCCAGUGCCAUAAUCAUCGCUGCAUACGGGCUUCGUGGAAAUGUGACGGAGAUGAUGACUGUCUGGAUGGAAGUGACGAGGAGGCCCACAGCUGCUACAACCAUAGCUGUCCUAUUGACCAGUUUAAGUGCAACAACAAUCGCUGCAUUCCCAAAAGAUGGCUUUGUGAUGGAACGAACGACUGCGGUAACAAUGAGGACGAGGCCAACAUUACAUGCUCAGCCCAGCCCUGCCAGGCCAACCAGUUCUCCUGCCAGAAUGGCCGAUGCAUUCCCCGGGCCUGGAGCUGCGACCGGGACGACGACUGUGGGGAUAUGUCCGAUGAGACGUCGUCAUGCACUUUCCCAACGUGUGAGCCCCUCACCCAGUUUAGCUGUUCCAAUGGACGAUGCAUCAGUGCAAAGUGGCACUGUGACUCAGAUGAUGACUGCGGUGAUGGCAGUGAUGAGGUGGGCUGCAUCCACUCCUGUUCCAACAGCCAGUUCCAGUGCUCCAACGGCCGCUGCAUCCCAGACCACUGGGCCUGUGACGGCGACAACGACUGCGGGGACUUCAGCGAUGAGAACACAACCUGUGGAGGCUCCUCGGCCUUGUUGCCCCCUGUCACUGAGUGCAGCGCGGAGGAGUUCCACUGUGUAGCAGAUGGGACCUGCAUCCCAGAGCGCUGGAGAUGUGACGGAGACAAGGACUGUGAGGACGGCAGUGACGAGACAGGCUGCGAGGGCACCAAAAGAAUGUGCGACCCCAAAGCCAAGUUCACCUGCAAAGAUACAGGCAAGUGCAUCACAAAGAGCUGGGUGUGUGAUGGGGACAUUGAUUGUGAGGACCGCUCAGACGAAGAGUCCUGCGAGUCCGCUGUCUGUAAGCCACCCAAGUACCCUUGUGCCAAUGACACCUCUGUCUGCCUCACACCCGAUAAGAUCUGCAACGGCAAGGUGGACUGUGCCGACCGCUCGGAUGAAGGACCCAUCUGCGAUAAGUGUCUGGUAGCCAGAGGCGGCUGCAGCCACCAGUGCACGGUGGCACCCGGGAAGGGGGUGGUGUGUUCUUGUCCCCCGGGGCUCCACCUGGACUCCAGCAACAAGACUUGUGAGGCAGUGGACUACUGCAGCCGUCACCUGAAGUGCAGCCAGGUGUGUGAGCAGUACAAGACCACAGUGAAAUGCUCCUGUUAUCCAGGAUGGAGGCUCGACCCUGACGGAGACAGCUGUCACAGCACAGAUCCCUUUGAGGCUUUCAUCAUCUUCUCUAUCCGACACGAGAUAAGACGGAUAGACCUUCACAAACGGGACUACAGCCUUCUGGUGCCGGGACUGAGGAACACCAUCGCACUAGACUUUCACUUUAAUCGCAGCCUCCUUUACUGGACAGAUGUGGUGGAGGAUAAGAUCUACAGGGGAAGGCUCUCCGAGUCUGGCGGGGUGACAGGGAUCGAGGUGGUGGUGCAGCACGGCCUGGCCACCCCAGAGGGCCUGGCUGUGGACUGGAUUGCCGGGAAGCUGUACUGGAUCGACAGUAACCUGGACCAGAUUGAGGUGGCCAUGCUGAACGGAGAUAUGCGCACCACGCUGAUUGCCGGCGGCAUGGAGCACCCACGGGCCAUCGCUCUCGACCCGGGGCAAGGGAUCCUGUUCUGGACUGACUGGGAUGCUACAUUUCCCCGUAUUGAGGCAGCAUCGAUGAGUGGAGGGGGCCGACACAUUGUGUUUAAGGAUAUGGAGAUAGGUGCUUGGCCCAAUGGACUGACACUGGAUCAUCUGGAAAAGAGGAUUGUCUGGACAGAUGCACGCUCCGAUGCCAUCUUCUCUGCACUGUAUGAUGGUAGCAGUGUCAUUGAGAUCCUGAAGGGCCAUGAGUACCUGUCCCACCCCUUUGCUGUGUCCCUCUUUGGAGGCAACGUCUACUGGACAGACUGGAGGACCAACACUCUGGCCAGGGCCAAUAAGUGGACUGGGCAGAAUGUCACAGUCAUCCAGAAAACAAGCGCCCAGCCUUUUGACCUGCAGAUCUUCCACCCCAGCAGGCAGCCGCAAGCGUCCAACCCAUGUGAGGAAAAUGAUGGACGUGGUCCCUGUUCGCAUCUGUGUCUCAUCAAUUACAACCGCACCGCAUCCUGCACCUGUCCACACCUCAUGAAACUUUCACCCAACAAACAGUCCUGCUUCGCACUGAAAAGGUUCCUGCUGUACGUGCGGCGGUCUGAAAUCCGCGGUGUGGACAUCGACAACCCUUACAUGAAUGUCAUGACGGCGCUGACGGUGCCGGACAUCGAUGACGUCACGGUGGUGGACUACGAUGCCCUGGAAGAGAGGAUCUACUGGGCCGAUGUCAAAACCCAAGCCAUCAAAAGAGCCUUUAUCAACGGGACCCAACUGGAGACAGUCAUCUCUGGAGACAUAGUGAACUGCCGUGGUCUGGCUUUAGACUGGCUCUCCAGGAACUUGUACUGGCUCAGCUCUGAAAAUGACGAGUCGCAAAUCAAUGUGGCUCGCCUUGAUGGGUCCCUGAAGACCUCCAUCAUCCAUGGGAUUGAUAAACCAAGGUGCCUUGUAGUGCAUCCUGCCAAGGGGAAAAUCUAUUGGACGGAUGGCAGCACCAUCAACAUGGCCAACAUGGAUGGGAGCAACAGCAAGGUCCUCCACCAGAAUCAGAGGGAACCUGUCGGUCUCUCGAUAGACUACACUGCCAACAAGCUGUACUGGAUAAGCUCGGCCAAUGGCACUAUCAACAGGUGCAAUCUGGACGGCAGCGGACUGGAAGUGCUGGAGACUCUAAAGAAGCAGCUAGCUAAAGGCAGCGCUCUGGCCGUAAUGGGUGGCAAACUCUGGUGGGCAGAUGAUGAAUCGGCACAGCUGGGAACAGUUACCAAGAGAGACGGACGAAACCUUGUGAUUCUGAGGAACAAGACCAGCGGCGUGGUUCACAUGAAGGUGUACGACAGGGAGGGUCAGAGAGGCAGGAACCUAUGCCAGAUAAACAACGGAGGAUGUACCCAGCUCUGCUUCCCCACCUCAGAGAACACGCGCAGCUGCUCCUGCACGGUUGGCUACAACCUGCGUAGUGACCGCAUGUCCUGCGAAGGUGUCGACUUGUUUUUGAUGUACUCGAUCCAUGAGGGGAUCCGUGGAAUCUCCCUUGACCCAAAUGACAACAUGGAAGCUCUCAUGCCCAUCACAGGAACUUUAUUCGCCGUUGGAGUUGACUUUCAUGCAGGAAAUGACACAGUUUACUGGACAGACAUGGGCCUGAACAGAAUAUCCCGGGCCAAGCGGGAUCAGACCUGGAGGGAGGACAUCAUCACCACUGGCAUCAGCCGGGUGGAAGGCAUCGCUGUUGACUGGAUCGCUGGAAACCUGUACUGGACGGACCACGGUUUCAACCUGAUAGAAAUCUCCCGUCUCAAUGGUGCAUAUCGCUCGGUGGUCAUAUCUGAAGGACUCGAUCAGCCCAGAGCCAUCGCCGUACACCCACAGAAAGGGUAUCUCUUCUGGACCGAGUGGGGCCAGAACCCCUGCAUAGGCCGCUCCCGCCUGGACGGAUCAGACCAGGUCACACUGGUCAACUCAGGCAUCGCAUGGCCCAACGGCAUCUCCAUAGACUACGAGGAAAAUAGAUUAUACUGGUGUGACGCCCGCACCGACAAGAUCGAGAGGAUCAACCUUGAGACCGGAGAGAGUCGAGAGAUUGUACUGUCAGCGGCCAACGUAGACCUGUUCUCAGUGGCUGUGUUCGGGCCUUACAUCUACUGGUCUGACAGGGCUCACUCCAACGGUUCAAUCCGGCGAGGCUUCAAGACUGACACCACUGAGACGGUGACCAUGAGGAGCGGCCUGGGGGUCAACCUGAAGGACUUGACAGUCUUUAAUAGAGGCCGGGAGAAAGGUACCAACCCCUGUGCUAGGAGUAAUGGCGGCUGCCAGCAGCUGUGCUUCCACCUGGGCAGCGGGCGCCGGACGUGCUCCUGUGCCCACGGCCACUUGGCAGAGGACGGGUUUGCCUGUGAGCGCUACGAGGGCUACCUCCUCUACUCUGAGAGGACCGUGCUGAAAAGCAUCCACCUCUCAGAUGAGAGCGACCUCAACUCGCCGAUCCAGCCUUUUGAAAAGCCUGCCUUUUUCAAGAAUGUUAUAGCCUUGGCUUUUGACUACAGUCAGAAUACAGCAGGGAUGAACCGCAUCUUUUUCAGCGACAUCCAUUUCGGAAAUAUCCAGAUGAUUAAUGAUGACUGGACAGGAAGGACGAUUAUAGCAGAAAAUGUGGGUUCAGUGGAGGGCCUGGCAUACCACCGGGCCUGGGACACCUUAUAUUGGACCAGCUCCACCACCAACACCAUCACAAGGCAAACUGUGGACCAGAAGCGAGCCGGUGCCCUGAGCCGGCAGUCCGUGGUCACUCUGUCAGAGGAAGACCACCCGCAUGUCCUCGCCCUGGAUGAGUGUCAGAACCUGAUGUUCUGGACCAACUGGAAUGAGCAGAGGCCCAGCAUCAUGAGAUCCACCUUAGCUGGCAACAACGUGAGGGUCAUCAUCAGCUCCGACAUCCUGACCCCCAAUGGACUGACCAUCGACCACAAAGCAGAGAAGCUCUACUUCUCAGAUGGAAGCCUGGGCAGGAUCGAGAGAUGUGAAUACGAUGGCUCCAACAGAUAUGUCAUAGUUAAAUCAGGUCCAGGAACCUUCUUUGGGCUCGCCAUCUAUGGAGAUUUCAUCUUCUGGUCGGACUGGGCCCGCAGGGCAGUGCUGCGGUCCAACAAGUACACAGGUGGAGACACCAAGAUACUGCGAGCAGACAUACCUCACCAGCCCAUGGGAAUCAUCGCUGUGGCCAGCGACACAAACAACUGUGAGUUAUCGCCAUGCCGACACAUGAACGGAGGCUGCGGUGACCUUUGCCUCCUGACUCCGUAUGGGAGGGUGAACUGUACUUGCCGUGGAGAACGUGUGCUGUUAGACGACAACCGAUGUGUGUCAGAAAAUUCCUCCUGCAACAUCCACUACGAGUUUGAGUGUGGGAACGGAGAGUGUAUUAACUACCAGCUAACCUGUGAUGGAGUAGCCCACUGCAAAGACAAGUCUGAUGAAAGAUGCAGUACUGGCGACAACAGGAGCUGCAGGAGGGGUUACAGGCCGUGCUACAACCAGCGCUGUGUGGCCAACAGUCGCUUCUGUGAUGGGAUCGAUGACUGUGGGGAUAACUCAGAUGAAGCUUUCUGUAGCAAUGUCACGUGUGGCUCAUCUGAAUCAUCGUGCCAGGAUGGGAGCUGUGUACCCAGCUCAGCCUGGUGUAACCAGGUCAUCGACUGCGCUGAUGCCUCAGACGAAAAGAACUGCAACCACACAGACUGCUCCCAUUUCUACAAGCUGGGUGUGAAAGAGAAAGGUUUCAUCAGUUGCAACUCCACCUCACUCUGCAUCUACCCGUCAUGGAUCUGCGACGGAGCCAACGACUGCGGAGACUACGCCGACGAGACCAACUGCCAGGUUUCCCAUGGGCAGAAGUGUGAGGAAGGCCAUUUUGCGUGUCCAAGUGGAAACUGCAUCUCCAGUGUGUGGCUGUGCGACGGCCAAAAAGACUGCGAGGAUGGGGCAGACGAGUUCCAGUGUGCGGAAAGCACUUGUUCCCCGGAGCAGUUCCAGUGCAAGGCCUCCAUGCACUGCAUCUCCAAACUCUGGGUUUGUGAUGAGGACCCGGACUGUGCAGACGGGUCGGACGAGGCUAAUUGCGAUGAAAAGACCUGCGGACCUCAUGAAUUCCGCUGCGAGAAUAACAACUGCAUCCCCGACCACUGGAGGUGUGACAGCCAGAACGACUGUGGAGACAACUCAGACGAGCAGAACUGCAAACCAGUCACCUGUAACCACAAGGACUUUGCCUGCGCUAAUGGAGACUGCAUCUCGUCCCGCUUCCGCUGUGACGGCGACUAUGACUGCUUGGAUAAUUCAGAUGAGAAGGACUGCGAGGCACGCUGCGCAGAUGACCAGUUUCGCUGUCACAACAACCUCUGCAUUUCCCUGAAGUGGCUUUGUGAUGGCCAAGAAGACUGUAAGACGGGGGAAGAUGAGAAAAACUGCCAAGGAACAGUGGUCCCUUCGUGUUCACUGAACGAGUAUGUCUGUGCCAGCGGAGGGUGUGUUUCUGCCAGCCUGCGGUGUGACGGACAUGACAACUGUCUGGACGGCUCAGAUGAGAUUGGUUGUGUGAAGGAGUGCAGAGAAGAUGAGUUUCUGUGCCUGAAUCGUGCCCACUGUAUCCCGCGGCGCUGGCGCUGCGAUGAUGUGUUCGACUGCGUGGACCACAGUGACGAGGAAAACUGCAGUCAGGGAGCUUUCUUCUGCCGGGCAGAUGAAUUCAUUUGCAACAACACCUUAUGUAAACUCCACACAUGGGUGUGUGAUGGCAAGGACGAUUGUGGAGAUAACUCUGAUGAAGACACGGACAUGUGCGUUAAGCUUCCCUGCCCACCUACAAGGCCAUUCCGCUGCAGAAACGAUCGUGUGUGUCUGCGCACAGACCAAGUGUGCAACAAAGUGGACGACUGUGGCGACAACUCAGAUGAGGAGGAAUGUGCAGAGGUGGUGGCCAGCAGACCACGGCCUUGUGGGAAGACCGAGUUCACCUGCAGUAAUCAGCGAUGUAUACCCACCCAGCUGCAGUGUGACCUCUUCAAUGACUGUGGGGAUGGCGGCUCGGACGAGCACGACUGCAAGGCCUUUUCCAACGGAGAUGUAUGUGGAAAGAAAACAAAUCCAUGUGGAGAGGAAGCAGUUUGCAAUCAAACAAAUGCUAAUGCUAUAUGCCAGUGCAAACCUGGCUUCAAGAGGAACCAAAAGACAGGCCAGUGUGAAGAAAUAAAUGAAUGCCUGCAGUUUGACACAUGCCCUCACUAUUGCACAAACACUAAAGGAUCUUUUAAGUGCACAUGUGAUCGGAAUUAUAAAGAGAUCAAUGGAAACUGUGUAGCAAAAGGACCAGAAGAUCGAGUGCUCUACAUAGCUAAUGACACUGAAAUCCGAAGUUUUGUGUAUCCGUUUAACCAGAGCCAUGGACACAAACUACUCACUCGCAUCGAGGACAAUGCCCGCAUUAUUGGGAUGGAUGCUCUGUAUCACCACCAAAAGUUUAUCUGGGCUACCCAGUUUAACCCUGGUGGACUUUUUUACAAAGAAACCCUAGACAGAAGUCAAACUAAAUCAAAUGUCAGAAACAUUUGUUCAGACUUCCGUCGACCCAGGGAUGUGUCCGCUGACUGGAUCACUGGCAAUAUCUACUGGACAGAUCACUCUCGGAUGCAUUGGUUCAGCUAUUACACAGCCCACUGGACUAAAUUAAGGUACUCUAUAAAUGUGGGCCAGCUCAAAGGACCUAACUGCACCCGCUUGAUUACUGACAUAGCGGGAGAGCCCUAUGCCAUCGCUGUCAACCCAGCCCGAGGGAUGAUGUACUGGAGCGUAAUAGGCGACCACUCCCACAUAGAGGAAUCAGCCAUGGAUGGCUCCUUACGCAGAGUGCUCUUGGAGAAAAAUCUCAGGAGACCUACUGGCUUGGCCAUUGAUUAUUUCAACCAGCGUUUGUACUGGGCUGAUCCUGAGCUCUCCGAGAUAGGCAGCAUGAGAUUGGAUGGCUCGGACCCUCUGGUGACAAUCAGCAACAGACACGGAAUCUCCCAGCCAUAUAGAAUUGAUAUAUUUGAAGACUACAUUUAUGGAACAGGGCUAAAACAUGAGGUGUUCAAGAUCCACAAGUAUACCAAGCAGGCUGUGGAGUUUCUCCAGUUGGGUGUGGAGAAGCCCACUAAUGUUUUGAUCUCCCACCGCUACAAACAACAAGAUGCGGCCAAUCCAUGCUUGAGAAUGACUUGUGAUUUCAUGUGCCUGCUCAACCCGACGGGUGCCAGAUGUACCUGUCCAGAGGGGAAGGUACUGGUCAAUGGCACCUGUAGUGACGUCAACAUCUCAGGUGAGCUGUGCCGUCCCCCCUGUGAGAAUGGAGGGCGCUGCCUGGCCAAUGAGAAGGGAGACUGGAGGUGCUACUGCUGGCCUGACUUUUCAGGGGAGCGCUGCGAGGUCAACCACUGCACAGACUACUGCCUGAACGGGGGAACCUGCAUGGGCUCACCUCUGGGAAAGCCUACAUGCCGCUGUCCUGCCGGGUUCUCGGGGCCGUUCUGUGAGCGGAGGGUUUGUGACAACUACUGUUUGAAUGGUGGAACUUGCGACGUCAGUCAGGGGAACCAGCCCGUGUGCCGCUGCAUGGCAGAGUAUACUGGAGACCGGUGUCUUUACCACAUCUGCCAUCACUACUGUGUGAACUCCAAGGCUUGUACAUUAUCCAGUAGCGGCUAUGUGGAGUGUGUGUGUCCUGCCAGGUUUGAGGGAAACAAGUGUGAGGUGGACAAGUGUCUGCGGUGCCAUGGAGCUCCCUGCCUCAUUAAUGAGGAGACAGGAGAUGUGGUUUGCAAUUGCACAAAUGGCAGAAUAGCACCCAGCUGUCAGCUGUGUGACGGAUACUGCUACAACGGAGGCACCUGUCACCUGGACCCCGACACCAACCUGCCUUUCUGUCACUGCACGUCAGGGUUCAAGAACCAACGUUGUGAUGAGCUGGCCAACCCCUGCGAUUACUUCUGUCAGAAUGAGGGGAUGUGCACAAUAACAGCCCUUAACAAACCACGCUGCAAAUGUUCAGCCAACUGGGCAGGAACACAGUGUGAGAGACCGGCCCCAAAAAGCAGCAGAUCAGACAACACCAGUGGAGGGAGCAUAGCUAUCAUUGUGCCUCUGGUCCUGCUGGUCAUCUUGAUUGUGACGGUGGUGGCAGGCGUUUUCAUCUGCAGACGGAGACAGAGGGGCAAACGUGUGCAGAGGCAGCCCAUGACAAACGGAGGGAUAAACGUGGAGAUUGGCAACCCCUCGUACAACAUGUAUGAAGUGGACCAUGACAACCACGCAGAUGCUGGCAGCCUGCUGCGACCCAACUUCACUUUGGAUCCUCAUAAGGGCUGGUGCGUAAAAUCCAGUGACCCUCGCACCUUGGGCAUACACGCUGUGCCCAAGGAGGUGAUCCCUGGACAGCCCAUGAACUACUCCAACCCCGUGUAUGCAAAGAUCUAUAUGGAUGGACAGAACUGUCGGAAGCCAGUCAUCAAUAUUGACGAGAGGAGAGAGCUACUCCCAAAGAAACUAGAGGGGACAAUUCAUGAAACCGCCGCAUAGCCUGACUUAACACUUUCUACUCCUUUUUUACCACAAUGUACAAAUGUAAAAAGUGAAGGAGGAAACAAGAAUUUUCUAUUUCCUAUCAGGCUCUUGGUUAGGUUUUAUUGGUUUAGCAUCAGCAUAAUGUCCUUGUUUGUGUGCUGAACAGUUUUCUUUUCUGUUUUCUGUUUGCUUUCUAAUGUUUGUCAAACAUUAGGUAUACAGCGCUAUAUACCGUUAUGACAUUGAAGUAAAGCUGCUGAGUUGCAAAAACUUUAUUAACACCAGAAUCCACACCUGUGCACAGUUUAAACCUGAAGAUGCAGUGCUCAAAUUUGUACCUGUCUCUAAUUCAAGUGGAAUGGACACUGUUGUUUUGAUGAAGGUGACACGUGCAGACUUGGCUCAAUUUUCUGGACAAAUAUAAGUAUCUUAGAGAAUAGCUGAGUGGUUUAUUUCUGAUAGAGGCAAUGUUUUCAUUUGCACAUGUUUCAUGUGAUGUAUGGAUCAUAUUAUAACUUCACACCUGAGCAGUGAAGCUUGAUGUCUAUGGACCUUUUGUUUUUCUGUCUCGGGACACAAAAGCUCAACUUUGACUGGAUUUCCAGUGAUUAUAUCGACAUGAUCCUUUUGCCACAUAUUAUCUAAUUACAUAGAUGUUCUGUCUUUCCUGUUUCUUUAUGUCUGUUUUCCAUUUCCACGUUUUUCAUUUGGACAGAUGCUUCCGCACUGUCACAGCAGUAGUAUCCCAUAUGAACUUGUGCUUUGGUGAGAGAGAUUGAAGCCCACCUUGAAUGUUCUGAGAUCCGAAUCCCAGAUCCUGUACUGUACACUGAAAUGACAGAUACUGAAUAUCAUAUUUUUCUAGGUCUCGUAUGUCAACAAGACGGCUUAAGGAUAUAGACAAGUAAAAUAUUUACCACAACUACAAAAAAAGGUUAUUAUUAUAAAACACAUCUGUUACUUCAGAAGGAAGACGAUAAAUAUAAGAAAUUUUAUAAUUUUGUAUUUGAUUUGUAUGUCGUUUGGCUGCUUGUAUUUUGAAGAAAUGUAUUAAAUGUAAGUAAUUUUUAUAUAAAAUGUAA